UAGUCACAAACAGGAUUGCGAUGCUUUGUGAUCCUUUAGCUUGGAUUUUCCCUGCUAUCAGACAAACUACUGUCGAUUCCAAGAUGAAGAGGACGUUUUAUCUGUCUCAUUGCAUCAGCAGGUGACUGAUUGAUGUCUCCACAAAGGCAAGAAGACAUUCAAACUUAAUUACAACUGGAGUAACGUCACACCAAACUGAUACCAAAAUAAAGAAGCUGAAACUGAAAACAUUUCUAAAACCAACGCAUUUGCUGUCUUACAAAGUCUUCAGUAUGCCUCUGCACAUCCAUGCCUUGGCAUGUGCUUUUGGUCUGGGCUCCUGGGUAUCCAUAAAUGGCUUGUGGGUGGAGCUUCCACUGAUAGUCAAUAUUCUGCCAGAGAGCUGGGACUUACCCUCUUACCUCACAGUCAUCAUUCAGCUUGCCAACCUCGGCCCUCUGCUGGUCACCCUUGCACACAAAUUCUGUCCAGGACGACUACGUGAAAAUCUGGUUAUCUACACAGUCCUGUCAAUUGGUGUUGUAGCCUGUGUUCUACUGGCUUUGUUUUGGAAGAACACCACAGUGCUCCUAGGUCAACCACGUAGCACAGCAUUCUUUAUCCUGACCUUCUUUCUCGCAUUAGUUGAUUGCACCUCCUCUGUGACCUUCCUGCCAUUUAUGAUGCAACUUCCAGCCAAAUACAUCACUACAUACUUCAUUGGAGAGGGGCUUAGUGGUCUGGUUCCAGGCCUAGUGGCACUGGUGCAAGGUGUUGGGAUAUCAAAAUGUGUCAAUGUGUCACAUACAUCUGAUAACCUUACCGGAGACACAACCUAUGAAGUGGAAACGCAGUACCUCUCCCCCAACUUCUCCACAGAGAUCUUUUUCUCUUUCCUAGCUGUAAUGACAGUAAUAAGUCUGGGUGCCUUCAUCAUACUAAAUCGUCUACCUCGCACCUUUGAACUCUCUACUGAAAAUUUUGUUGCAAACACAGAUGCUGUGGCAACAGUCUGCAGGGGCUUGGAAGAUGUCAAUCCAAGUAAGAGAAGUCCAGAGGAAGAUAAAAAGAAGCAGAUCAAGGUGCUAUUCCCUGUACCGCUGCACACUGGCUACCAGCUUGCAUUUAUCUAUUUCAUGGUGGUGUGGAUGAAUGGUGCGACAAAUGGACUACUGCCAUCUGUGCAGACGUUCUCCUGUAUGCCCUAUGGAAAUAUGGCCUAUCACUUGUCAGCUGCUCUGUCAUCAGUGGCCAAUCCAGUAGCAUGCAUCAUUGCCAUGUUUUUCCCUAAACGCUCAUUAGUAUUACUGGGUUUCCUGUGUCUGCUGGGCUCUGGUUUUGGAGGCUUCAAUAUGGCCAUGGCUGCCAUGAGUCCUUGCCCAUUACUCCAAGAUACACCUCUAGGGGACGCUAUAAUAGUUUUGUCAUGGGUGUUCUUCACUGGUCUGCUGUCUUACGUAAAGGUGAUGGUGGGUGUGAUUCUAAGGGACCGGAGUCACAGUGCACUCGUGUGGUGUGGAGCAGCAGUGCAAGCAGGCUCCUUAUUGGGCUCUGUCAUUAUGUUUCCCCUGAUCAACAUCUAUCAUCUCUUCCAGUCGGGAGAUAUCUGCAAAACCAAAUGUCCAUUAUCAUGAGAGUUUCUACAGCAUUCAUGUGUGGUGUGAACGACUCAUAGGGGAAUGAAUUCUUACACAGUUGCUGAACGUACAGAGCUAAUGAACCUCUCUGUGGACAAAAUGAAAUCCUUUUUCAUGAGUGCAUCAAUGUGUGCCAGGCCAUUCUGCUAAUAUUGACAAAAUAUGUUGAACUGAUGUUUAACACAUCCCCGAACAUUGUUUCAAUGUGAUUCCCUGUCAUUUUUGUUUCCAAUUAAUUCAUCAUUUUUAUAUUAUUGUGGAUUAUUAUUAUUGUGUUGUGUCUUCUUAAUAGCUGGAAAUGUUUUAUUGUCACAUAUAUUUUUGGACCAUAUUUCAUUCCUAUAUUAUGGCAAAAUCUAAUAAUUACAUAAUUCACUAAUUUUAUGUUAUAAAUCCUGACUCAGGCUGGUUUUAAAGGAAUGUUGUUGGUUCAAAACAAGCUAAGUUCUAUGCAUCUGUGGCAUCAUUCCUCAGUUUGUACAGCAGUGUAUAUACAGUAAUGCACUUGGCUAAUGUACUGGAGGGUUAAUAAGCAGAAAUGCGCAGGUCAUAUUUGUGUUAAUUGUUCUGUGUUAUUUGAGCUGUAAAGUUAAUUGUAGCAGGGACUACUUUUCUAGGCAAAUGAAUAUGUUUUACUGACAUAAUUCCUUCAGGUUAUGUCAAAGUCCUUUUCAAGGCAAGUCAUUUCACUCGUCCACUAUCUUGGGAAUGCUUCCAAAUGGGUAUUUUCUAUGGAUACAAGUGGCAUGAAAGUACAGCUCCUAUCUAGUUGAUGGGGAAAGACCAAAAUCUCUGAAAUGGUUGGUCAAGAUCAAAUCACAUAUUUAAAAUCAGCUGUGAAAUCUGACAACAAAAGUAUCAUAAAUUGUGCUCCUUUAGCUCACACUAAAACUUAUUUUUUUAUGCUGGUCCAGCUAAUGCAAAAAUGUGUGUUCUUGAGGUAACUGACAGGACUUCGUUUUGUACAUCUGCCAUAUUGGGUUUUCAAUUUAUCCUAUUCAUUUUAUACAAGUGUUCUGUCUCUGGGCUACACAGUCUCUGGCAGUAUCCAAUCAAUGCACGUGAAUGUUACAGGGCUUUUAUGUUGGUCAUGAAAUUAGUUAAAAUAUUGGAUUUAACUGCAUACACAAGGUUAGACAGUGAUUGUAUCACACUUUGUAUAAUGUUCAAGUCUUGAGAAACUAUAUUUUUGGAACAGUGUACGUUUGUCCCAGUGCAAAGCAUUUCCCCAUUGACUGCCAAAGUAAUUAGAUUAGCUUUGCUUGUUUUGCUGGGGGACGAUACAUUAUUAUCUGUGGUAAUCAAAAUGAUGUCACAGAUGCUGUCGACUCGACCUUUGAGUUAAACCUGUCACCACUAGAUGCCGCUCAUUUGCUGUAUAGCUAAUAGCACUGCUACUCAAUAGUAUCCAGCUGCAGACCCGCAGCACCACCAGUUUCAGAACCCCAGUUUCAGAACACCAGCGCCAGAACCUGAAGUGAGGGGCGGAGCUUACAUUCUAAACCGAGUAGCGCCACCUAACGUUUUGGAGAGGCUACACCACCAGUUUCAGAACCCCAGCGCCAGAACCUGAAGUGAGGGGCGGAGCUUACGUUCGAAACCGAGUAGCGCCACCUAACGUUUUGGAGAGUACUUUGCUUUUAUUACAAACGAAACAUCAUACUUUAUAUGUAUGUUAUAAUGAUUCUUUAAGGUACAGUACAAUAAGCAUUUUAAAACAUUGAUCUUGUGUAAUAUAAUUGUAUAUAGUUAUCCGUUUCAUUGUAUUAUGAGAGUUACUUCCUGAUCAUGAUGGUGAAAAAAAAAUGCUUGAAACUU